AUGUCUGGCCGCAGCAGUGGCACGUUAAAAGCGACGAGCAAUGACCUAACACCAAAUCACACGACCGACCGGUCUUCCAGCAAUGAUAACAAGCAGGAUGCCCACAGCAGAGACGCCGGUGGCUCUCUGACGGGGAUAGGCGCGGCAGCGGCCCAUGCGACUCUCCCAAUCUGGGUGAAUGUGGUCUUGAUGGUUUCACUGAUUUUCGGCGGUUGUUGUGCCAAUAUGUUUGCGCUUGAGGCUAUUAUCAAGGAAGAACCGAGAUCUGGUCCUUUGAUAACAUUUGUUCAGUUCAUUGUAACUGCUCUGUUUACCCUCCCAAAUUUCGUCUCAAUACCUGCGGGUCCUCGAUCAUUGUUCAUAGCCAAGCGUGUCAUACCACUUCGCUCAUGGCUAGCGUACACUGCAUUCUUUCUGACCAUCAAUCUCCUAAACAACUGGGCAUUUGCAUACAAGAUCUCAGUUCCUUUGCACAUCAUUGUUCGCUCUGGGGGGCCAGUAGCGUCAAUGAUAAUCGGAUACCUAUUCAAUGGCAAAAGGUAUUCCCGAGGACAAGUUGUAGCAGUCAUCCUGCUUACUUUAGGUGUUGUGGGUGCGGCAUUGGCAGAUGCAGAAGCAAGAGGUCAAUCAAUGAACAUUGAGACUGAUAGCAAUAGUCACACCAUUGCAAAUACGGUCACUGGGUUCUCUAUACUCGCAUUGGCAAUGAUUCUCUCUGCGUUUCAAGGAAUUUUUGCGGAUCGACUUUAUGAGCGCCAUGGCCGGAAUAAUUGGAAAGAGGCCCUGUUCUACUCCCAUGCGCUCUCAUUGCCGCUUUUCCUCACAUCUUAUCCGCAGCUCUUGUCCCAAUGGCGGACUCUGCUGUCAUCACCCCCGUUGCUUUCCAAGAUCUCUGCCGUGUCAAACCUCACAUCGAUCAAUCUUGGAGGAGUUUCGGCUACCACCCCUCUUGGUGUGCUUUCGAUACCAGCAUCGGUUUCUGGCGUCAUCUCAUCUCUGGCAUUGGUCGUUCAAAGGCAUCAAUUCUUCCAGUCUUUCCUUGCUCAUGUUCCGAUACAGGUGGUAUAUCUAUUCAUGAAUGCUUUUACGCAGUUUCUGUGCAUUCGUGGGGUCCAUCUACUUGCUGCAAAGACAUCUUCCUUGACUGUUACGAUUGUCUUGAAUAUUCGCAAGCUUGUCUCGCUGCUUCUGUCCAUAUAUUUGUUUGGAAACCAACUUGCACCAGGUGUGCUUGUUGGCGCAGCUCUCGUAUUUGCUGGUGGUGGCUUAUAUGGCUUUGAGGGAACGCGGUUGAGAGAGAAGAGUUUGAAGAAAGAUUGA